AUCAUACACAUCGCGCUCUAUGUGAAAACCGAGCAAUAGUGAAGCAUAACAGCAUCAUCCGCCAGCAAUGGCCAUCACCGUGCCGGAGGGACAAUCCGCGCCGUUCGAGACCAUCGACAGUAAGCAUCAUGCGGGCAUUAUCAUUAUCACGACGGCCAUCUGCAUGGUGAUCACUUUGGUGUGUCUGUUGAUCCGCAUGUAUGUGCGGUUGCUGUUGAGUCCGCCGUUGGCGUUUGACGAUAUCAUUCUGCUGGGUGGGACGGUCACCGCGAUAGUGGAGUCGAUCGUGGUGUUUUAUUCCGCGUCGAUUGGAUUCGGAACGGCGAUCACUUUGCUGGAUGAUCGGACGGUGUCGAGGAUUCAAAAUCACAUCGCCACCACCGACGUCCUCUACCUCGUCACGCUCUUCCUGUCACGAUGUUGCAUUGUCGCCAUCUACUCGCGUCUGACGCCGCGUCGUAGCCACAAGAAUAUUCUCUGGGCGACGUUCGCCAUCAGCACGGCCAGUAUCAUCAUCUCCAUUGUGAUUGUCACGGUCGACUGCUCCGUGAACAAGCCGUGGGUGACGCCGGGCGAGCACUGCGUUAAUCUGUUCCCCCGAUGGCAAUUCAUCACGGCCAUCGACAUCAUCACCGAAAUCUUUCUCUUCCUCUUCUCCGUCGGCCUCGUCUACGGUCUUCAAAUGCCCGUCCGGCAUAAGGUCGUGAUCAUGAUAUCCUUUGCCGCGAGACUACCUCUCAUCCCCCUCGAAUCCCUGCGCCUCGCCUCCUUCCACAAAUUCAUCAACUCCCACAACCCCACCUUCGACUCGAUCGCCCACUACGUCUGGACACAAGUCGAAAUGAACUACGCCCUGGUCGCCUGCACCGUGUUCUGCCUGCGCCCAUUCAUGAACGCCGUAACAACGGCCUACGGCACGGCAGGCGACGAGAACCUCGAAGCGAGCUCACGCUCACGCAGCACACCCUACGGCUCCUCGACGAUGUACGGCUCCGGCCGACACCGCGGCACGAUCGGACACUCCCAGAGCCAAGGCGGCGGGGGGGACUUUGCACUGCAGAGUUUCGGCGCGGCGAGCUGCUCGGGCGCAAGGCAUGGGUAUACGCAUACACAGCAGGGGGCGUUUGUGCCGCGGGGGGCGCCGGGCAGCGAGGGCGCUGAGACGCUGGUGACGUCGUUUCCGGGGUCUGGGGCGCCGUCGCAGGAGGAUCGCGAUGAGAGAGGCAGUCUAGGGAGUGAAGGGAGUACGAAGAUGAUUAUUAAAAAGGAUGUUGAGUAUACGGUGCAGACGGAGCCGAGGGGGGAGGAGGAUGGGGGGUAUCAUCGAUGA